AUGGCGAGACUAACUCUUUACAACGUGUUCGUCUGCCUAGGCGUGGCCCUUGCAGCCUACGCCUAUGGCUUCGGUUUUGCCGUUUUCGGUACCAGCAUUGGCCAGCCAGGGUUUUAUCAGUAUUUUGACUUGGAUCGUAACAGUAUCAUCGGAGCUGUGAACUCUCUCUUUGCCUUUGGGAGUUUGGUUGGUGCAAUCAUCCAGGCAUCGAUAGCCGAUCGGUUUGGGCGAAGGAAGGCACUGGCAGUUGGCGCUGUCUGGGCACUGGUCGGCGGUGCCCUGACAGCAGGGUCUGUGACCAUCUCCAUGUUGAUCGUCGUCCGCAUUUUCCAGGGUCUGGGCCUAGGCAUGUUGAUUUGCUUGGUUCAGCUGUACCUGACCGAGGUGGCACCCGCACACCGACGCGGUUUGCUUUCGGGAUUGACUGCAAUGAGCCUGGCAUUUGGCUACGUGGUUUGUGCUUGGAUAUCAGUGGGGACAUAUUCGUCAACGAACCUGACACUUCAAUGGCGGCUACCACUGUCUCUAGCCUGUGUAGGGCCACUUGGCCUUCUAAUCUGCCUCCCAUUUGUCCCAGAAUCACCACGAUGGCUGAGCUGGACCGGACAAGAUGAUGAAGCCUGGAAGGUCAUUUCAAGGCUCCAUCACGAUCCAAACGAUCCAACAGACGCUGCUGCUCGCGCAGAACUGUUCCAGAUCAAAGCGCAGGUGGAGAUGGAUAAGUUGGAGAAACCGGGAUACCGCCAAAUCUUGUCUAAGCCGUCAUGGCGACAUCGAGCAAUAUUGGUGUUUUUUAUCCAGUUCGCAUCCCAAUCGACCGGAGUCCUCGGCAUCAAUAACUUUUCUAUCUUGAUCUAUCAAAGUCUCGGGAUGGGUGGAAGGAUGUCCCUAAUCAUGUACGGGCUGUACGCUAUCGUUGGAACCGGCGCAAACUGGAUAGUUGGACUUACCGUGGACAGGGUGGGCAGACGGACAAGCUUCUUGAUCGGCUUCCCAUUAUGCGCGAUUUGCCUCCUGAUCGAAGCGGUUUUGCAGUCACAGUAUCUCGGUACCGACAACAAGGCAGGAAACGCCGGUUGCCUCGUGCUCCUUUUCGCUUACAUUUCCGUUUACGAGUUUGUUGACGUAGCAUCCUAUAUCUGGCCCGCCGAAGUCUUCCCAACCACAAUCCGUGCAAAAGGUCUGGGUAUUACGAUGGCGGGUUAUUUCCUCGGUGCAAUCACAUACACCACUCCAUCGGCCCUUGCGUUUAAGAACAUUAAAUGGGGAAUGUACCUUUUGUGGAUGGGGCUGUGUAUUGUUUCGACGAUAAUCACCUAUUUCUUCAUUCCGGAAACAAAGAAUAUUCCGCUCGAGGAGCUGGGAGCCUUCUUCGGAGACGAGAUUGCUGUGCAUUUGACAGGUGAUGAGGAUGACAAGGAGAAAGCCGAGGUCGUCCAUAAGGCCUGAUCCUGACAUGUCAGGCUUGGAACAGUUCUGA